CCUCAGCCUCUAGUCAGUUUCUCACGUUGCUGCGGGACAGACUGUGCUGAGAUGAGCGUGUGGAAUGAAUGGAGCCUGCGAGCGCUCAGGUACCUUCUGAGUGAAAUCUGAUAUGGCCAAUACGCAGUAAUUUCAUGGAUGAAUUACAAUUUUUGUGACCUAAACAAUCUUCCUGGGUUUAUAUGUGAUGCUGUCGGCGUGUUAAACUGGCUGAAUGAACAUCUGAUGCUGGUGAGGACCUGGAAACGUAUGUGGAGGCUGAGCUACACACAGGCUUUCCUGCGGAUACCUGCACACAGGAGGGAGUUGGAGAGGCAACACUGAAUGCCAUUCAUAAGCAUGAGAUCCAUCCGGUCAUUUGCUAAUGAUGACCGCCAUGUCAUGGCAAAACACUCCACCAUAUACCCAUCUCCGGAGGAGCUGGAGGCAGUCCAGAACAUGGUGUCCACAGUGGAAUGUGCGCUAAAGUCGGUCUCCGAUUGGAUGGAUGAACACAGUAAAAGUGAGACCGUGGAAAACGACCAGCAAGAAAAACAAGAAGACACUGAAGAAAAUAAUAAUACCUCCAAGGAUGAGAGUGGCCGGGUGCUGUGCGGAGUCAUGAGAAUUGGCCUGGUUGCCAAAGGCUUGCUCAUUAAGGAAGACAUGGAUCUAGAAUUGGUUCUCAUGUGUAAGGAGAAACCAACAGAGAGCUUGUUAGUGACGGUCCGAGAAAACCUUCCGCUGCAAAUUCAGAAACUCACAGAAGAGACAUAUCAAGUGGAACAAUGCACAGAAGAUGCCUCACUAAUUAUACAAAAUUCAAAAGAACCUAAAUUAACCUUAAAAGUUAUACUGACAUCCCCACUAUUCAGAGAAGAGGAAAACAGUUCAGGUGGAGUAGAAAAUGUUGCGAUGAAAGAUCCUCCGGACUUAUUGGACAGGCAGAAAUGCCUGAACGCCUUGGCGUCUCUGCGACAUGCCAAAUGGUUUCAGGCGAGAGCAAACGGAUUAAAAUCUUGUGUAAUUGUGCUGCGUAUUCUUCGAGAUUUGUGCAACAGAGUUCCUACCUGGACCCAGCUGAAAGGAUGGCCGCUCGAACUCAUAUGUGAAAAAGCACUAGGAACUUGUAAUAGGCCGUUGGGCGCCGGAGAAGCAUUACGAAGAGUGAUGGAGUGCUUGGCGUGGGGCAUCAUUCUGCCUGGAGGGCCAGGCCUGCACGAUCCAUGUGAGAAGGAACCUACAGAUGCACUGGCUUACAUGACCGUGAAAGAAAGAGAAGAGAUCACGCAAAGUGCACAGCAUGCACUGCGUUUGUUGGCCUUUGGACAGAUUUACAAGGUAUUGCAAAUGGACCCUCUGCCAUCAAAUAAACCCUUCCAAAAAUAUUCCUGGUCAAGCACAGACAGGGAAGGAUUAAAGCGGCCAUACGACGACGGUUCUUGCGACGACAAGGACCCAAAUAAGAAAAUGAGGCGCAAUUUGCGCAAAAUUUUGGACAGCAAAGCCAUAGAUUCUAACCAGCCAAUGAAUGCACUGAUGCGACUAAACCAGAUUCGACCUGGCUUGCAAUACAAACUGCUGUCUCAAUCAGGUCCAGUACAUGCACCAGUUUUCACUAUGUCUGUUGAUGUAGAUGGAACCAUACAUGAGGCCUCCGGACCAUCCAAGAAAACAGCCAAGCUUCAUGUAGCAGUAAAGGUUUUACAGGCAAUGGGAUACCCAACUGGUUUUGACACCGAUAUGGAGUGUCUUAGCUCAGAUGAGAAAUCGGACAAUGAAGGCAAGAACGAGACAAUCUCUACAAAUUCCAGCAAUAACACAGGAAGCUCCAGUACGGACAGCUCCAAUACACUGGAGGUCCGUACUCAGGGUCCUAUCCUAACCGCCAGUGGAAAAAACCCAGUUAUGGAACUGAAUGAAAAGAGGCGAGGCCUUAAAUAUGAGUUGAUAUCAGAGAGUGGAGGAAGCCAUGACAAACGGUUCGUAAUGGAGGUGGAGGUGGACGCACAGAAGUUCAGGGGUGCCGGCCCAAACAAAAAGGUAGCAAAAGCCAGCGCGGCCCUGGCUGCCCUAGAGAAGCUCUUCUCUGGUCCAAACGCAGCGAAUAUCAAGAAGAAAAAGAUUAUUCCACAGACUAAAGGAGUGGUCAGUACGGCGGUAUCGGCGGCUGUACAGGCGGCUCGAGGAAGAGGACGAGUGGCAAUGGCCAGAGGGGCCUAUGUGGGAGCUGCUGCUGCUGCCCCGGGAUAUAUAACCCAAGGAUAUGCAGCUCCGUAUGGAUACAGUACCGCGGCGCCGGCUUAUGGUCGUAUGGAUUCUGGGUCGAUGGAUUUUCUGGAUUUUUCUAUGGCAGGUAUCCCUAAAAGGAUGGUCCUCUUACCAGUUAUGAAAUUUCCAGCAUAUCCAGUUCCCCAUUACUCCUUUUUUUAACAAACGCAUCGGACAGGACAGUUUGGAAUGUCAGAAAAAUGGAACUUAUUUUCUUUGAUUGUGGGAUUUCCUUUGUAAAGACCCUUUUUCCUACUUUUUUUAUUUUAACAGAAAAAAAAAACACAGAAAAAAGAAUUUAGUUAUUUAAACAAAAAACUUGAAGAAAAUUGUACUGUGAAAUGUUACCUCAUUUACAGAUUAAAAAAAAAAAGAAAAAACCUCUUUUACUGCCAGAAGA